AUGAACCUUCGCCGUCGCCUCGCACAACUCAAGGUCAUGCAGCCGCCCAAUCUGGACAUGCUGCAGAGCCAGCUGUCCAUCCUCGUGCCCACCUUCCCCUGCCCCAAGGAGGAGCGCGUGGGCGUGUGGGCGGACGGCCGCAAGUGGCUGUGCAACAUGAAGACCUUUCUGCCAGAUAACCCUGUCGUGUACAGGUGGGCGGGGAAUACUCCCUUUGAAAAGGACAUAUUCUUCAAGUUCCCCCUCACGCGCCCACUCACCUUCGAUCCCUUCCUCGAUCCCUCCCUUGCCUCCUCCAUGCAAGCCCUCUCCUUCCUCCGCUUCCUCCCCAUCGGCCUCGCGGGGGCUGGGGUGAUCGAGAGAGCGAGAGUGGACCGACCGGGAGUGCAGUUUAUGACUGUGGGGGAGGUCAUGGGGGAUGGGGUGGGGGAUGGGAGUGGAGGAGGAGGGAGAGGAGAAGGGGGGGGAGGAGGGGAAGGGAGGGAGGAGGAGGUGUUGGAGGAGUUUAGCCGAGUGAAGCCGUUUGGCAACCCUGCAAUUGGUCAGAUACUCAUUGACUUGCACCACGUCAACAACCCCGGCAUCACGCUGCCAAUGGUGUACCACCUGGAGAGCGUGGGCUAUCUGCUCUUCCACGUGGAGCCCAAUGCUCAUGUCGUCAACAACCCCGGCAUCACGCUGCCAAUGGUGUACCACCUGGAGAGCGUGGGCUAUCUGCUUUACCAUGUGGAGCCCAACGCUCAGCACCCCGACUGCUGCAUUGAGCUGGCGUUCAUUCACCAGUCGCUGCUGCAGCCCUGGGGCACGUCGUAUGGGGAUUAUCAGAGUUCUCAUUCUCGACCUGCAAACCCCUCCCCCGUUUUCUCACCCCCACAGCUGCCCCCAUUCUACCCACUUCCCUCCCUCCUUUUUUUCCAGCCGCUCCCUGUUCCCCGCCUUCUUACUUCCUCAGGUGGGGCCAAGCGUUUCACGCGUCCCCCGCAAGCCCUGGGCACUCUCACGCUCGUGCGCGCGCUCGUGCAGGUGGGGGGGCUGAGAGCCCUGGGCACUCUCACUCUCGUGCGCCACUCGUGCAGGUGGGGUGGCGGGGAGGGGAGGGGGGAAAAGGGGGAAAGUGGGGAGGUGAAGGGCAUUGACGUGUCCCCUCGCCCCAUGGCUAGCCCACUGGAUGCCGCGAGUGCGAGUUGCUGCUUUCCCCUCCAGGCCCUCCACCUCCUUACUUGCGCUACCUACCUCUCUCCCUCCAACACCACAGGCCUUAACCUGCCCGCUCACCCCAUGGCUGGCCCACUGGAUGCCACGAGUGCGAGUGAUUGCAGUGGGUGCGUUCACAUGGGCCAUCGCCACUCUGGGCGUUGGCAUUGCCCCAAUUACUAUGAGGUGACUUGUGUUCACUCACCUACCUACCAGUGCAUGCGAGUGCGAGUGAUUACAGUGGGUGCGUUCACAUGGGCCACCGCCACGCUGGGCGUUGGCUUUGCCACCACCUACUAUGAAGUGGCGGCAUGGAGGGUCUCAACAGAUUGGGGCUUGCACUGGUCAUCCCAUCUCUGGUCCUCCCUUCCCAACCCUCUCUUUCCUUCCUCACUUUCCGGCCCAUCCAACCCUGCUCAGUUGGGGUCAUGGCGCGGGUCUCAACGGGGUGGGUAUAGCCCUGGUCAUCCCGGCCAUCCAGUGGCUAGUCGCCGAUUCAGCCAGCAACAGCACCACCAACUGUUGCUGCCACACCCUUCUUCCUCCACCGCCUCUCUCCUUCCUCUCUUCACCCACACCCCCCCCUUUCCCCCGGUGGCGGCAUGGCGGGGUCUCAACGGGGUGGCGGCAUGGCGGGGUCUGAAUGGAGUCGGCCUAGCACUGGUCAUCCCGGCCAUCCAGUCGCUAGUCGCUGAUUCAGCCAGCAACAGCACGCGCGGCAUGCAUGUUCGGCUGGCUGCAGUUUGUCACCAACUUUGGCAACAUCCUCGAUUCACCCUCGGCAUCUCCCUCGCCUGCUACACAUUCUUCGGCCUCGCUGGCUGGCGCAUGGCUUUCAUUAUAGUCACCGCUGUCAGCCUGGGUUUGGCGGCCAUGCUCUGGCUCUUCGCACACCCCGGCUCCCACCACGGUCAAGUCAAUAACGCCUUGACUAGCCUAACUGACGACCCCGGGACACAAGAGGAGCGCACUGUAGAGCCGUUGCUAUCUGAAGACCAUACCCUACACUUGAAGCAACAGCAGCAGCAGCCCCACCACCACCACCAACAGCAGGAGGAGCAGCAGCAGCAGCAGCAGCAGCAGUCUCAAUUUGACGAAUCGACACCCACUCCAACCCACCUCCUCCCACCACCGCCUCUCCACAUCCUCCCCACACCCACUCUCCCCCACUCCCAUCCCACCCACCACUCCCCACUCCUCCCCACCCCCCUCUCCUCCCCUCACUCCUCCACAUUCCUCUCAGACCUUGGGGGCCUGUUUGGCGGGUGGUUUGGGGAUGAGAUGGUGGCUAGAAGGUGGCCGGAUGGGGGGAGGCUGCCCCAUUUUGCAGAGAUAGUCCCUGAGAGACUCCGCAUGGACAUAUACGCCCUCGACCGAACCUUUGAAAUGUCCAUAGCAGCCUUUGCUCCACCACUGUGGGCUACCUCGCCCAGGCUUGGUUUCGGGUACAUCCCGCCCUCGCCCGAACCUGCCGAUGCCACUGCUUUGGGCGGUGAUAGUAGUAGUGGUGUAAGCAGCAGUAGCUCGUGCAGGCCGCCGCAGCAGGAGCCACGCGAAAUGGCUGUGGAUGCUAAGAAUGCAGAGGCUUUGUCGCUGGGUUUGUUCUGGACUAUGGCAUUGCCGUUUGCUAUUUGCUGUGCUUGCUAUGGGUGGUUGUAUUGGACGUAUCCCAAGGACCCGGAUCGCGUUCGGGCCGAGGCUGCGGCUGAGGCUCGGGAAGACAGGAGGUUAGGUGCAGGUGGGGAGGGUAGUGGAGAGGGGAGGUGUUAA